AUAUAAACUUCGAGUACACAAAACCGAACCUCCAGGCUUCACCAUAAUUUCCUAUGGCUUACUCCAUUCUCCUCGGGCUAGUACUUGCUUUGCUUGUAGCUGCAGUUGUCCAACUCCUUCACAAAAACUUCUACAGGCUCUACUACGCAGCCUACAACCUGCCUCCGGGUAAUCUGGGCGUGCCGUUCAUCGGCAGCACUUUCUCCCUGCUCCGCGCCUUCCGCAGCAACACCGACGAACAAUGGUUUCGAGACCGGAUCAAGAAGUACGGACCGGUCUCUACCAUGUCGUUGCUGGGGUCGCCGACGGUGCUACUUGCCGGACCGGCGGCAAACCAUUUCAUAUUCAGCAACGACGGCCUCAUCUUGACGCAGACAGGUGCGCUGAGAGCCCUCGUCGGCCGGUCGGUACUGACACUCACGGGCAACGAGCUGAAGCUGGUCCGCGCCGCACUGCAGGGCUACUUGAAGCCAGAGAUGGUGAGAAGAUACGUCUGCAAGAUAGACCACGAGGUCCGGAGCCACAUCGAGCUAAACUGGGUCGGUCGUGACUCUGUCACGGUCCUGCCAACGGCUAGGAGACUUUUUCUUGCUAUUAUAUGUUCAGUUGUGUUAGGCCAAGAGUCAGCUACCAUCAAAGAAGGUCUUUGCACUGAUUUUGUUACUCUUGGGAAGGCUAUAUUGUCAUUUCCGCUGAAUAUACCAUUCACCCGGUUCAACAAAGGUAUGGCUGCAAGUGCCAAGAUACGAAAGGUUAUCACUAAUAUUGCCCACAAAAGGGAAAAGUCGCUGCUGCAGGAAGCAAAUGCCACUUCUGAUGAUGAUUUCAUCAGCUAUAUGCUCAUUCUCCGGUCUCAAGGUGCGCACUCCCUUACUCUGGAAGACAUUGUGGACAACGCGAUGGGUCUCAUUGUUGGGGCGCACGAGACGACUUCUGCUCUUAUCACUUUCAUGAUCCGGUACCUCUCUAGUGAGCCAGAUAUCCUUGACAAAGUUACUAGAGAACAAGAUGAGAUUGCACGGAAUAAAAACCCAGAGGAUGCUCUAACUUGGGAUGAUGUUGCAAAGAUGAAGUAUACGUGGAAAGUGGCAAUGGAGACACUAAGAACAAUUCCUCCAGUUUUUGGGAGCUUCCGAACAACUACCAAAGACAUUGAAUACCAGGGCUACCAUAUCCCUAAAGGGUGGAAAGUCUUCGCCGCGCAAAGUGUCACUCAUAUGGAUUCACAAUUCUUCCACGAGCCUAACAAAUUCAAUCCUUCUCGGUUUGACAAAUCUUCCCCUCCGUACAGCUACAUGCCAUUUGGAGGGGGUCCAAGAAUGUGCCCUGGAAAUGUCUUUGCAAGGGUAGAAACUAUGGUGGCCAUGCACUAUCUGGUAAGGCAGUUCAGGUGGGAAAUAACCUGUCAAAAGGAAACCUAUAAGAGGGAUCCAAAGCCGACGCCCAUACUUGGACUUCCAAUUAAACUCAAGUUGAGACCCCUUGCCCAAAAUAGUUAAGCCAACACUAUAGAUGUCGAAACAGGUUAACCCCAUGACAAACAAAAUUAUGGUGAUACGUGGAUGGUCUAUGUUAUGAAGAGUAUUGUAAGAAUUCAAAAUGUAAAUAUGUGUUUAUCAUAAAGGCAUGCUCUUCCAUGCUGGGCUUGUACGAUACUCUUCUAGUUACGAAAAUGUAUCUCCUACCUAUGAGCUACUAGUAAAUGUUCUUUAUUAGUGCACGCUCUUCAUC